AUGUACCUGUCUAAUCUGGCCAGUCAGAUUGACCGAGACUGUGGCACUGAGCACAUUCCAUUGGUCAUUAUCUUGGACGAUAUCAGUGACGCGUCUUCCAUCACUGACCUGGUCAACAGUGCACUGACCUGCAAAUAUCACAAAUGGUGUAGUCUGUGCGGUGUGUUGAAGCAUAGCUUUUUGGUCCAGACACAGCUGAUGCGAAGUGACAACAACAACAGAGUUCAUCUGUUACUAAAAGAGUUGCGUUUUGUUGGAUCAUAUGACACUUAUUGUGUCUUCUCGAAGUGCAGUGGAGCCUUGAAGCUCAAUCUCUGCAUUGAUAUAUUUCAGGUCCAUGGUCAGAAAUCAGCAUGGGAGGAUCCAGUGGAGUGGGUGAGGGAUACGCUGCCCUGGCCUUCAGCUCAACAGGACCAGGCCAAACUCUUUCACCUCCCUCCGCCAACCACUGGCCCCAAUUCUGCUCCAACACAGCAGCCCAGUGACGACAGGGUCACGUCCAACAAGGACACGUCUCUGUCCACAAUGGAGUCCGAUCCACUGAUGGCGAUGCUGCUGAAACUCCAGGAGUCUGCCAACUACAUCGAAUCACCCGAACGGGACAUUUCUGGCAACCCCACUUUCUAGGCUGAGCUAAAAGACUCGAGAGCUUACUAAUGGCUAGUGCUGUUACAAAACACUGUUCUGUACAGCUGAUUUGCACCUCCUGUCUCCUUCAAAAGGCUUGUGAGAGUCGAGAAGAGAAAUGCUCAAGAACAACCAUGUCAAGGCAGACAAAACUCUAAGUCUGAAAGAAAAACAGAAGAACUGAUCCUGCCAGAUCUAUGCGAGAAUCUUUUUUGCACUGUUGUCUUAACCGGUCCUUCCUUUGCUUUUUUAACCUGCAAGUGGCAUGGCAAUACUUGCAACUGGGGAUUCUGAAGACUGGACGAUUGUGAAGAUGAAAUGUUCGUCUGCCAUACUGGGAACAAAAUGUGCUCCACAGUUGUUUGAUAUUACUUUUGACCAUAUGGACCAAAAAUCUAUUUAUUCUUGUUUGCUAAAGUACCAACACUCCAUCCUCAAGAUCAAGUCGCCUGAACCCUGUACACAAAGGUGCAGUUACAUUUAGACCAACUCGCAUGGAUGCAAAAUGUAAUGUACAAGAUGGUGCUUAGAAUUCAGCCUUAAAUGAUGUCCCUCCAUAUAUCAUAAAGUCAGUUCCAUAGCAAUCAGAAUAUUACUCUAUAUUACCUCACAGUUUGCAUAGUGAUGUAGUUUUAAGGUGCAGUACAUACCCAUAGCCAGGUUGCAUUCAUUCCUAUCAAACAUGCAGACAUCAGACAGAUGUAGACUGUAGAGGAUGCACUUUGAUUCGUAGCUUUCAAUCAAGAGCACUGACUGGUUGUUCAAGAUUCGUAUGUUGUUCGCUCCAAUGGUGAGUUGCAGCAAAAAAAAAACAACAUGAAUUUGUGAGAGUU